AUGCAGUCGAACAAGCCCUCGGUCAUUGUUCCGGACGUUCUUUGGCUCAAUGCUAAAACACCCAGCAACUUCAAAUCGACUUCCGACUACGAGCAGAAGAGUAUCAUUGCUGUCCGAGCUCAACAUUAUUCAGCAAAAAAGCGGGUGGAGCAAGCUUCGUCACUGUUUGAGCUGCAAAAAUAUGGUCCACAGCUUCUGCCUGAACGAUCCUCUGAUGGGCGGGUAAGUGCAAUCCAGCCUUGCAUGUCCACAAAACUUAGAUUGCCGAUGCAGAACCCUUUUGAAUCACAGGGAAAAGUACCGUCAGAAACCAGCCAGAUAGAGGAUACAGACAAGCACCAUGUUCUUGAGGGAAAGAGGCGCAGACUCUUCCAUCGCAAAGCCAUCAAGAGGCCCCUUCAGCCACAACAACGUGCACGCUCGACGAGAGCCAUCGGGGUUUUGUCCGUCGGCAAGGGCAGGUCACUGUCAAUGCUUCUCCAGGGAGGAAGCAGCGACCCAUUUUCUUCGACACCUAUUCCUCUAUCCGCACUGAGGUAUAGUGUAAUAUCAACAAUCCAACCAAUAUCUUUGAGGACAAUUUGGGCAGAUGAAGUUGGGACACCAAAUGCGGUCAGAGUCUUAAUACCUGCACAGAAGAGAGUUUACAAGACGUACUUGAACCACGAAGCCGUGAUGCAUGCUCUUUUUGCGUACUGCUGGUCAGUCAUGGGUCGUCUGCAUCCUCAUAAGAAGGACCUAUAUUACCGCUACGCACUUGACCAUGAAGUCCGGGGCAUCCGUGGAUUGCAGCCACUUGUCGUAUCGGAAUCCAACAAAAGUGAGGAGCUUGAUGUUGCUGUGCGGGUCGUCCUAUUAUUUUGCUGUGCAUCCGUGUUCAGAUCGCGCCUUGAUGCACUCUUUUUGCACCUGCACGGAUUGAAGCAGCUCAUCCAGUCCAUGGGAGGGGUUGACAGGCUUCACUGGAUAAGAAAAGAAAUCAUCAUCUAUCUUGUUGUCAGGGCGGCUGCGACUACACGUACACGUACCGUUCUCGACCCUUCAAGCUGGGAUCCUGGGUGGUGGUGGGAUAGAGAUCAUUGUGACCAGCCGAGAGAUCUAGUGACUAAUCAAGAAGACUCCAGCCACUUGGCCCCUGGUCUUUCAUCGCCAAAACCGGACGACUUCUCCUGUAUCUUCAUGACCUUACGUGAACUGGUGGAGGUGGAGAAUCUCAAGAAGCGGAUGGCUGACGACCGCCUAGCACAAAUCAAUAGGCUAUUCCGCUGGUCCCAGCUUCGGCGACAAGCAGUCAGAGCUCGAAUCUUGAACUAUUGGUGUGAUCUAACAGAACCCACGAAAGCUGUCGAACCUUGCCCGGGCAGUGCGACUCCUACGACGGUUCACCAUGCCUCGAUCAAAAUGUGUCUUUGUCUGGCUCUGCAGCUAUUCAUUGCUUUCGGUCUAGAAGCAUCACUCCUGCGGCAAUCUUGGCUCUCCACGAUACAAGUGUGGCACGUUAUGCUACUGAGAUGCGUGCGCAAGCUUGAAUUUGACCUUGACAAGAUUGAUCAGUCCCAUCCGGGGGCAUUGGACCUCUUGUGGGUCUGCGGCAUAGGAGCUUAUGUGGAGCAGGUGUCCCUGACCCAUGUCCUUCGAAACAAGCCUACAUUUUGGAUGCUGUAUACUGCUGACCAAGUAGACGUUCGAUGGUUUUCCGUUCGAUUCGGAAUUCUGGCCCGGAGCUUUGGCUAUAGACAGUAUCAAGAUGUGGCUCUGCUCUUCGAAAAACGCUACGUCCACAUCUCAUCGCUGCAGGAUCCAGCCCUGAGCAAGAUAUUCGAAUUCGACUGUUGA